AUGACAACUCCCCCACGCACCGCCAACGCGUGCGAAUCAUGUCGGCGUCGCAAGGUGAAAUGUUCCGGCAGUCAGCCCUGUCGAAGCUGUACCAGGCAUAAUUGGGAGUGUGUGUUUGGGGGGUCUGGGAGGAGCCGGUAUUCUGAGACACAUGUUCGGGGAUUGUUGGAUCGGAUUCGGGUUUAUGAGGAGCGGAUUGCGGUGCUUGAGCGUGUUCCAGGUGCUUCCUUUCAAAAUACACCUGCAGAGCCGGAGAUAGCUUCAUAUCCUGACAACGGCAUCAGUCCUGCAACCGACUUGACCUCUGGCCCAGCAUUCGAAUCCCAAGUGAGGUCUCUCCUCGACCAGACUCAUCCAGAACACAACGACUCGCAAUGGACGUCCGCCAGACCCCUCGUCAACGAAGCCACAGCCCCGACAAUCCCAUCUCUAUCUGAAUCUCAACAUCUCCUCGAUCGCUUCCUCUUCUAUCUCGGGGUGAGCCAGCACUUUUUCGACCCGCGCAUGUUUUCCGAUUCCAUGAUGCUGCUGUUUCAAUCGCCACAGCAACGGGAUUAUCAGAUGCGCUCGACUUGGUUUACCGAGUAUCUCCUCGUCAUGGCGAUGGCGAAACUGAUGGAUGUGGAUGAGCCUACUUCCCAGCCUCCUGGGGCAAAUCUUUUCGCAGAGGCAAUGAGACGAUUACCUCCGCUGCAUCAACUGGGUGAGGAGGGCGUUAUUGCCGUGGAGAUAUUGACGCUGGUGACCACGUAUCUGCAAUGGUGUGAUCGGAAACACGACGCUUACUUAUAUAUUGGCCUCGCCCUCCGCCUCGCCAUCGCACUCGGCUGUGAUCGACCAGCCCACGAACAAUCCUGUCUCCCAUCAGAAACCGCCCAUCGCGUCCGUCUCUGGUGCACAGUCUACAUGCUCGAUCGACGCCUUUCCUCAGGCCUCGGGCUCGCAGCCGGCGCAGAUGAACGACAACUCUGCUCUGAACUCCCUCGCCACGCGAUUGGCUUUCAGUCCCCGGUUGCGUUGUCGAUUAAUGUCCGUAUUGCGCGUACGACGGACGAUAUCAUGUCUUCGUUAUACGGGAACACGUCCAUCACGCAAAUAGACCUAGUCCAGAAAAUCCAGAAGAUUCUGCACGACCUAUACGAAACCGGACGAUCGUUCCCUCCUGCAUUGGUGUUGGAUUUCAAUCGGCCUCUUCAGACAGUAACCCGGACCGGGGCUUCGUUAUACUUGAUGCUAUUCCAGGCUAUCAUUCUCUGCGUCCGCCCCAUCCUCCUACAAAGGGUCCGUCAGAAAGUCAGAAAACAGCAUGACCAACUCCCUCUAAGCCCGGUGCCUGCUGUACUGACCCGACUAUGUGAGACAUGCAACGAAGCAGCUACUAAAAGCCUGGCGAUUCUAUAUUCUCUACAGCGCCAGCGCACAAUUCCAAGAUACGGCUUCUUCGACCUCGACGCCACCUUCUCCGCCGCCUUUGUCCUAGUAAUGAUGGGCUUCGUAGAUAAAGAUCGCGCACGACCACCAGCUCUAGACCAAGCCUUGGAAGUUCUGCGCUUCCUCGCCCGAGCCGGUAAUCUCGCUGCAGAAAAGCGGUUACACGAUAUAACCCAGUCUUGUUCGCGAGUGUGGCCAGACCAGAUACAACCAGAGACAACCAACUUUUCUCCCCAGCAGACAGAAAUAUACGACCCCUCAGACGAAAGUAGGUUGCUAGAAACAUGGAUGCACGCAGAGGGCACAUCCGCACCGUUCGAGAUGCAGCCAGACUGGAAUUUAGAUCUCGCCGUCGAAGCGGAGGGGAUAUACGAGAGUUUCUACGAUCCGACCAUGCCUCUGACGGGAGUUGAUUAUUUGGAUUGGGCGGAGAUUGAGAAGGUUUUUAACGAGAAUGUAUAA